AUGCUUGAAUUUCUUAACAAUCAGAGAAUAAUAUCAGUUUACUUGUUUGGCUUAGUCUCCUGUAGUAGGGGGCUAGGUUACUGGAGAUUCACGACUCCUGUAACUGCAAGUACAGGGCCAGUCACGAGAUCCAAAUCCCAGGGCAUAACAAAUUUGGUAUCAGAGCCGCUCGUGAUGACAAACCAAUCAGAGGAAUUUAUGAAGAAACUGGAAGCCUUCAUGACCCAACAAACCCAAAGCACAAGUGAAUUGAAGGCUGCGGUGGAAGCCUUGCAAGCCAAGCAAGCGACAUUGGAGGAAGGCUUAUCUGCACGGAGCCAUAACAAAUCCAAUAAACAAGGGGGUUCGGAAGCUAGUGUGGAGGAGGAGAUAGAGAUGGAGUCAUUCGAUGAUCCACCAGAGCAAAGUCAAGGAAGAGGCAGGGGGACAGGUUUCGAAACCCGACAGUGCUCGAGAAGCUAA